GUAGAGUGCUGUGAUUUUUAAAAGACGAACUUCGCGCGUCUUUUUUUGGUUUGUUUUGAUUAUUUGUCGUUGGUCUCAGUAAUUUAGAAACCCAAAUGAUUCGUUACGUCCUUUGCACUAAAACUUACGGAAAAAACAAUCUUAGGUCAAAGCUGUCAUCAUCGGAGGAGGUGUAUUGUUGACCAAAAAGAAAGGAUGGAGCCGUCGGCAAGUUCGAGAGCGUGGUCAAUGCCGGUGCCUAUGGAAGGAUUGCAAGAACCAGGGCCAUGUCCAUUUCUAACAAAGACAUUCGAGAUGGUAGACGAUCCAAACACAAACCACAUUGUGUCGUGGAAUAGGGGAGGCAUCAGUUUUGUCGUGUGGGAUCCACAUUAUUUCUCCGCGACUAUUCUCCCUCUAUACUUCAAGCACAACAACUUCUCAAGUUUCGUCAGACAACUCAACACUUACUUUUGGAGGACCUCGACGAAGCGUUCGGCCUCCAUUUACUGCGAAAUGGGAUUCAGAAAGAUUGAGGCAGAGAGAUGGGAGUUUAUGAAUGAUGGUUUCUUGAUGGGACAGAGAGACCUUCUCAAAAACAUCGAGCGACGAACCUCCUCCUCAGCCCCUCCUUCUCUCCAGCACUCUCAAGGCGACGGUCAUGACCCCUGCGUCGAGCUCAGGCAAGAGAGACAUGUCUUAGCGAUGGAGAUCUCGAGGCUCAGACAGCAGGAGCAGAGAGCGAGAGGCUACAUCCAAGCCAUGGAGCAGAGGAUCAAUGGAGCAGAGAAGAAACAGAGACAUAUGAUGACUUUCCUGAGGCGCGCAGUGCAGAACCCCGCUCUUCUGCAGCAGCAGCUACUGGAGCAGCAGAGGAAGGAGCUAGAGAAGGCUUCGGUCGAUCAGGUGAAACCGGAGACGAUGGAACACGUUUCGGAGCUGGAAGCUCUGGCACUAGAGAUGCAAGGAUAUGGACGGCAAAGGACUCAUGAGGAGGUGGAGAGGGAACUCGACGACGGGUUUUGGGAAGAACUACUGAUGAACAACGACUACUUGAAGGGUGAAGAUGAAGAAGAGGCGAACGUAAACACAAGAGUUAACUAG